GGUUCCAUGCAUGGGCAAGCAGCAGGAGCAUGCUGAUCUGGCUGCCUUGCUGGCUCCGUUUCAUGUCCUCUCUCUCUCUCUCUUGGUCGAAGAAGGCAGUGCGCAAGGGCUCGUGGCUGCUGACACGGACAAUCAGCCAUCCAUCGAUCGAGCCGCGCCGCGCCGUUGACUGCGGCAUUCGCGGGCCGAAUUGCGUGCACGUCGUCAACCGCUCGGGCGCCGAAGAAGAGACUCGGAUUCGCAGUUCUGCGAGUCGUCGCCGUUGAGAAGUGGACGCGUGACUUGAUGUCGAUGCCGAUGUCGAUGAUCGUCGAGGUUUGAAUGAAAUCGGGAGCAGGUCUCCGGCGAUUGGGAGAAUAGUUUUAAUUCAUUUUUUUGGUGAGUAAAGCUUUACCAGCUGGCGGAUCCGACGACGAUUUGUUGGUUGAUUGCAGGAAAGACGGAUUUUUGACCGUAAUCGGAAGGGAGGCCGGAUUGGAGCAAUAGACGAGAGUGAUAGCUAGUAGAGCAAGAGGGAGGGUGAGGAAAACAGCUUGACUGACAACGAGGAGGAAAAGAAAGUAGCAAAGUUCGGAGAUGUUCGUGUCCCGGGUGAUUUGGAGGCUGAGCUGACAGGGUGACGAGGAUGAUGGAAUUCGCGUUAUUAUGAGGUCAUGAUCGGAAAUUGGAAGUAGAGUUUUGAAGGGGUUUCAGUUUGGAAGACAGUGGUUAGAGUAAAGCGAACGAGACGAUCGUAGCAAUCGUGGGACCAUGGGGAAUUUAUUCUCCAGAAAAGUGAAGGUGACGGAUGUUGAUCGCGCUAUUUUGACUCUUAAAACGCAGCGACGCAAGCUCACGGAUUAUCAAAAGAAGUUGGAUGCUGUUAUCGAGCGGGAGGUGGAAGUUGCAAGAGAGUUGCUCAAACAGAAGAAGAAGGAUCGUGCCCUUCUAACCUUGAAGAGGAAGAAGGCUCAGGAGGAACUCUUGAAAAAAGUAGACGUUUGGAUUCUGAAUGUCGAGCAGCAGCUGUCAGACAUUGAGAUAACAAGCAGGCAGAAGGCUGUAUUUGAAAGUCUGAAGUCUGGACACAAGGCUAUACAAGACCUACAAAAGGAGGUCAAUAUUGAAGACGUACAGAAGCUGAUGGAAGACUCAGCAGAAGCGAAGGCCUAUCAAGAUGAAAUCAAUGCUGUCUUGGGACAGCAGCUUACGGACGAAGAUGACGAGGCAGUGUUGGCAGAGCUUGACGAGCUUGAGACCGAAAUGGAGUUGGAAGGACUUCUGGACGUGCCAUCAGUGCCGACGAAGAUACCAGAGAAACCGGCAGAUAUUGAGGAACCAGAAAGAGAAAAACCCCAGAAAGGGAAAUUAUUGGAGGAGCCUAUCGCAGAGCCUUCGGAGGGAUUGUUCGUUAUGUCCAGAGGAUCAGCUUCAGAUAAGCUAACUGAAUCAACGGCUGAUAAGGACGAGGUAUCAUCCAAGGAGGUUGCACCUGCCAAGGAAAAUGCAAAGGAGGAAGAUGAAGAAAUUUUAGACUUGCCCAGUGUUCCUACGACGCAAGUCAAAAAAGAAGAAAUUCCUGAAGCGAAGUCUUCAUCAUCUAGAAGAAAAGAGGAAGAGAUGUUAGCAGCUUGAUUAAGUACAUGGGUCUCUACGUCUUAUUUCAACCUCGACUACAUCCAGCAAGGGUUUCCCCUUCGCCUGCUUCUUGGUUGAGUUAUUGAGCGUGAUUCGACCAGUGGAUGAAGAGUUCUCGGUGAUCAUUCACUUAUCUGUCAUCAACCAUGAUAGUCCUGUUCUCGGCAGCAAGGAAGUAACGACGUCAACCUCCUGGUUGCAAGUGUAAGAUCCUCCAAUUUGUUGCAUGGUUUACAAGGGUCUCAAAGAAGAUUCUGCUCGUACCGGAUGGGACUCCACUGUCAAUGAAGUCAUUCGCCAGAAAAGUGGUUUUGUGUAUGGACCCCAUUUUCGAAAGUACUCAGAUGUUGCCUCCAGUAAGACUGCUCGAUAUCACCUCAAGUCCUUUAAGCACAAAACACUUGUGAAGUAUACUUAUCAUUGCAGCUAACGUAGCAAAUGUUUCUUCUGUCACAUAUAAAAUUAGGGAGUGGAUUUACUGCUGCAAAAAUUUGACUGUUCGAACGAGUUGCAGUUCAGACUGGAGAAAAUUUGGAUUUCAGGUGGACUUGAAGAGUGGAGUUCAUUUAUUCUCUUGGAUCCCGCACCGCGGUACUCCCCCCGUUCUAGCAAUUGUUCCUUGUUGAACGCAUCAUAAUCUUCAUUGGAAGCUUAUGAUUUUGCAUCAAUGAUUUUUCUCUGG